AUGAAAAAUGUCGCGAAACCAACCCUGAGCUCCAAGGCAUACAGGAAACUCCGUUUACUCUUACCCGAUUUAACGGACGAGGCGACCCACGCAAACAUCUACAUGAAGUGGUAUAUGGAUGAAUCUGACGACAAGGCCACUAAGAAAAUCCACCUCGACUACAACUCCAAGUAUUUCCUCUGCUGGCUUGGAUUCACAGAAGAGGCAGCCCAAGCCAUGUAUGACGAAUGGCUCGAAAAGAUCGAGGACGACAAAUCACCCCAGCUAGCAGAAAAGUGUUAUCGUAUUAUUUCUGAUCGGGAAGUCCCAUAUGGUCGAGGCCCGUUCACCGAAUCGGAUUGGGAUGGUGCCAUGCGGAAACUGGGCAUUUCGCCAGACCUGGUGAAGGAGCUGCGAAAGGAGGAGGAAGAUUUCUGUGUCCAACCAAUGAAUAAAGCUUAUGAUACGAUUUCGGAAUGGCUUGGAUUCCGCGUUGUCAAUAGCAGGUACGAACUUGAACAAAUUGAGAAGGCCCUUGAAAAUUUCCGGGAAGACUUGCUAGAAGACAAGUACGAGCACCCACCCAAAGAAUGA